GUGAGACUGAAAGGAAUCAGAGAGGCGAUGUGAAAGAAGCGAAGAAUGUCUUGAUGAUCCGAGCGAGAGAACUUGUGAAGUGUGGGUGUCGAUGUGAAGUUGAUGGACAAGUGGAUAGACGACAGUGAGACGCACGACACUGAGUGUGGGACAAGGGGCGAUGUGAACAGCCCAGUCGAUCGGGAGGACGGCUGCAGUAUGGGGCUGUGUUCAAUGUCUGCAAUGUCUCACCAGCAGCAGCGUGCAGCAAUCAGAGGCCAUCAGGCAUACAUGUCCAACAGACGCAAGAGGGUGGGAGGGGAGAAGAGGAGGAGGAGGAGGAGGAGGAGGAGGAGGAGGAGGAGGAGAAGGAUAAACGAUGCUCGAAAGUGGUCACUUGGCCUGGACAGUACUCUCCUUCCCUGAUAAACCCUGACGGAUGCUGUACGUACAGUUGCUUUGCCCCUCCCGUCUUGUUCGGGUUGGAUUGCACCUCUCGUCGUUCUCUGCAGUACUGCAGGUGUAUCAUGCCUCGGUGCAUCUACGGCUGUACAGCUUCGCCAACUCGCACCACCUCAACUCUGUG